GUAAAGGACCCAGCCGUUCCUCUAAUGUUAUGAUUGUCGGCGCUGUGUUUGCUCAGUGAUAAUAGUAAUUAUAAUAAUCUGUUUGUCUCGAGUUUCUCUUAAUUUCUGCUGAUAAAAUGCCCUUGUUUGAGGGCCUGGGCAGCGGAGGAGAAAAGACCGCGGUGGUGAUUGAUUUAGGAGCGGCCUACACGAAAUGUGGCUUUGCUGGAGAGACCGGGCCGAGAUUCAUCAUCCCCAGUGAGAUUAAAAAUCCAGGAUCUCAGGAGGUGGUGGCUGUGGUUCAGUUCAACAUCAACACAGAGGAGCUCUACACCAUCCUGAAGGAGUUCAUCCACCUGCUGUACUUCAGGCAUCUGCUGGUGAACCCUCGAGACCGCCGCGUGGUCGUCAUCGAGUCCAUACUCUGCCCUUCACACUACAGAGACACACUCUCCAGAGUCCUCUUCAGGCACUUCGAGGUGCCGUCGGUGUUGUUUGCUCCCAGUCACCUGAUGUCCAUCAUGACUCUGGGUCUGCAGUCUGCUCUGGUCAUGGAUUGUGGAUACACAGAGACGCUGGUCUUGCCUAUCUAUGAAGGCAUCCCCAUCCUGUCCGCUUGGGAAGCUCUGCCCAUGGGAGGAAAAGCCAUUCAUAAGGAGCUGCAGAGUCUGCUGAGUGAACAGUGCACAGUGGACACAGACUCCAGCACAGGCCUCCAGCUGCCCAGUGUCAUCAGUCAUAUUCCAGAGGAUGUGGUGGAAGAUAUUAAAGUGCGCACGUGUUUUGUCAGUGACCUGCAGAGAGGCUUGAAGAUCCAGGAGGCCAAAUUUAACACAGAUGCGGAGAGGCCAGCUCCUCCCCCAGAUGUGGAUUAUCCUCUGGAUGGACAGAAGAUCCUGCAUGUGAAGGGCUUCAUCAGAGACUCUGUGGCUGAGAUGCUGUUUGAGCAGGAUAAUGAGGAGAAGUCCAUCGCCACACUGCUGCUGGACACACUGGUGAAGUGCCCCAUCGACACUCGAAAGGUUCUGUCAGAGAACUUGCUGAUAAUCGGGGGUACGGCGAUGCUGCCGGGGUUCCUGCACCGCCUGCUGGCUGAGAUCCGCUCACUGGUGGAGAAACCCAAAUACAGAGACGCUCUGGCCACCAAAAGCUUCCGCAUCCACAGCCCACCCGCCAAACCCAACUGCACCGCCUGGCUCGGAGGAGCGAUAUUUGGAGCAUUGCAGGACAUUUUAGGCAGCCGCUCGGUGUCCAGAGAUUACUACAACCAUACGGGCCGCAUCCCGGACUGGUGCUGUCUGAGCUCUCCUCCACCCGACUCCAUCUAUGAGGCUGGAAAAACCCCUCCACCGCUCAUGAAGAGGGCCUUCUCCACUGAGAAAUAACCUGGACGCUUGACAUGACCUGCAGAGCACGCCUGUCCACUACAGCUCUCCUGUUCCCAGCAGACGAUCAGUCCGCUUUAGUCUGAAGAGCUGUUCAGAAGCACUAAACAUCCACAGCUUUAUCAAGACUAAACCAUCCUCAGUUAUAGUGUAGGUCAGGAAAUAUUAUUUAAAUGUCUGUAUUCAUUCUUACACCAUCAAAGACAGAACAGGAACAGCCGCUUGGUCACAGUGUCAAACCAUAUUAUGUUUAAAGAAACACUCCACCUUGUUUUGGAAAUUACUCAUUUUGCAGCUCUCCUACACUUAAAUGAGUGUGCCCUAUUCCAAAUGCAGUCAGCCGAUCUAUGCUUAGCUUAGCUUAGCAUAAAUCAUUGAAUAGGAUUAGACCGUUAGCAUGUUACUAGUACACACUGGGGACUACUUUCAGCCUCUGCAUAAUAUCAUUGUGCAUGCUGCAGCCAUUUAUUGAGCAACAUGCUAAUGGUCUAAUCCGAUUCAAUAAAUUAUGCUAAGCUAAGCUAAAGGUGCUGCCAGAGAUUUUCCGAAUUGAUUGCUAAAAAAUAAGCACUUGUAGCUUAGCUUAGCAUAAAUCACUGAAUCAAAUUAGACUAUCAGCAUUUCACCCUAAAAAUGACCAGAGUUUGGAUCAUUAUUCUAAUUAGAGCUCGACUCUUCUGUAGUUACAUCUGUAUUAAGACUGACCGAAAAUGAAGAGUUGCUAUUUUCUAGGCUAAUAGUUUUAGGAACUUUAUACUGUCAUUCUGGCGUAAGCAUCAAGGAACAGCUACCUAGUUAACUAGGUUAAUAUCAUUGCACUGCUAAAGCCAUAUUUUGAGCAAGUUGCUAAUGGUCUAAUCUGAUUCAAUUAAUUAUGCUAAGCUAAGCUAAAAGUGCUCUCGCCAGACGCUGAGGCCAGCUGAAUAGAUUCAAAGAUGGUAGAACUCACAUGUUUAACAGUUAGGGGAGCUUAAACUGAGCAUAUUUCCAAAAACAGUGGAGUUUUCCUUCAACAGAACCAGUUUAAAGGACUGAGUAUGUGCAAGUUUUGGUGGUAUUUAUGAGGUUUGUGAAAUAAACAUUCCAUAAUCGG